CAAUUAUCUUCAUCAUCGAAUGAUAUGGAUCCUUGGGUGUAUCGUCAUGACUCGAGAAAAAAGAGCCCUACACGGGACUCCUCUUUUGUUCAGACAGGCUCUACUGAAAGCGUAUGGGAGAUACGGCCAGGGUCCUGCAUUCUUGGGACACAUUCUCCCGUAACUAGAAUACGAGUUAGUGAGGCUUCUGUCAUUGCACAACCUGAUGGACAGUUGGAUCAGCUAAAAGAAUCAUCUGGUUCGUAUUGA